AUGGAGGCAGAGACGCUCGCUGGCGAUGCCUGUGUGGAUGAUCCGGUCAGGGGAGACGCUGGGUCCCCAGAGACGCCAGCCCAGCUGAGCCCCCGGGCGAUGGAGGCAGAGACGCUCGCUGGCGAUGCCUGUGUGGAUGAUCCAGUCAGGGGAGACGCCGGGUCCCCAGAGACGCCCGCCAAGCUGGCCCGGCAGAAUGGCUCGCCUGGGGGCGAGGCGCCGGGGGCGGGAUCCAUGCCGCAGGAGGACCCAGGCGGGGAGCCAGCUGGCGGAGAGGGGCUGGCGGAAGCAGGGAACGAAGUGGCGGAGGACGGAGGACCGGGACCGGAGUGGGAAGAGGAGUACUACCUGCCGGGCUACGAGUUCCUGGGGCCCCCCAAACUGCUGACGGGCGCUUGGGGCGAAUACGGCUGCCUGCCGGAGAACUUCCUCAAGGGCUGCAAGUGGGCCCCCGACGGCUCCUGUCUCCUGACCAACAGCGCCGACAACACCCUGCGCAUUUACAACCUGCCCCCUGAGCUCUACGGCCAGGAGUGGGGGGCCGUGGCCGAGAUGAGCCCCGUGCUGCGAAUGGCCGAGGGAGACACCGUCUACGACUACUGCUGGUUCCCGCUGAUGAGCUCCGCCGACCCACCCACCUGCUUCUUUGCCAGCAGCAGCCGGGACAACCCCGUCCACGUGUGGGACGCUUUCCGCGGGGACCUGCGGGCCACAUUCCGCAGCUACAACCACCUGGAUGAGCUGACGGCCGCUCACUCCCUCUGCUUCACCCCCGACGGCUCCCAGCUAUUCUGCGGGUUCGAUAAGACCGUGCGGGUGUUCGAGACGGAGCGCCCGGGCCGGGUGUGCGAGAGCCGUCCCACUUUUGUGAAGAAACAGGGGCAGUGCGGCAUCAUCUCCUGCAUCACCUUCAGCCCGGCCCAGCCCCUCUAUGCCUGCGCCUCCUACUCCCGGACGGUGGGGCUGUAUUCGCGGGCCGAGGGCGCGCCGCUGGCCAUGCUGCAGGGCCACCGGGGCGGCGUCACCCACGCCCUCUUUUCCCCCGAUGGCACCCAGCUCUUCACCGGUGGGCGCAAGGACCCCGAGAUCCUGUGCUGGGACCUGCGGCAGCCGGGCCGGGUCCUGUUCUCCAUGCACCGCACCGUGGCCACCAACCAGCGCCUCUACUUCGACCUAGAGCCGAGCGGCCAGUUCCUGCUGAGCGGUACCACGGAGGGGCUGGUCUCGGUGUGGGACACGGCUCAGCCCCCAACAGGAGACCCCAAGCCGGUGCUGGGACCCGUGCUGCAAUUCCAGGCCCUGCGGGACUGCGUCAACGGGAUCAGCCUGCACCCCAGCCUGCCCUUGCUGGCCAGCGCGUCCGGCCAGCGCGAGUUCCCGGACCCAUGGGACAGCAGUGAGGAGGACGAGGAAGUGGGGCCCGGGCCCCCCCAGCGCCCAGCCCGCGGCCAGAACUGCCUACAGCUGUGGUGGUGUGGGGAGAGCGGGGGGCACAUCCCUGCCCCGUGA